AUGAAAACAUAUGCUAUAGUGCUCCUUGUAUUGGGAUGCCUUCUUGCUCUAAUAUUAUUUAUGUUCCUCAUGAUAAGAUGUGUAAAGAAAAAGAAACAAAAGAAUUUGAAUGGCGACGUUGAAAUUGGCGGAGUAAGAGGAAUUAGUAGAGGUGCAAAAGAUGGUGACAUGGUCAUUUUAUCAGGAGAUAGUGGCCGUGUAUUGCCUUCUGCCGCGGUUAUAGACUCCCUAGAUAACGACAACGGUAACAGCGGUGGUUCUGGUGGUUGUGGCUGUUGUUGUGGUGGUGGUGACGGUGGGGGAGGAUGUGGUGGUUGUGGUGGCUGUGGUGGCUGA